AUGACGGCCUUGGGGAAAACGUUCACUUCAGAGGCACUCAUCGUUACUAUUGAGGAGCCCGGACAAAUCACUCUUGAUGUCACGGACUUGCCCGGUCUCAAAGACUCAGGUGACCCCGACUUCAACCAGUUGCGCAACAUCACGCAAAAGUUCUUGCACGAUCCUCGAACAAUUCCAGUCGCGAUGUGCCAGGCUUCGAAGUCCCACGAGACACAACACGACCUGGACAUACUGAGAGAGCUUGGCCUGACCUUUACCAAUUCCCUGGUGAUCAUGAACUACUUCAACAAGCAGCUGCCGGACAUGACGCGGGUGAGCCAGGUCAAUUCCUAUGUUCUUGGCCAGAGAGGCAAGUUUCCGAACGCACGUUUUGUCAUGCUGCAUCACAAGGAUGGCAUUGACAAGGAGCACAUGCCCGCAGACGAACUCGAGGACUACAUUCAGCAGCUGCCCAAAAAGGAGCAGAGAGAGUUCGAAAUGCAGCUUGAACGCAUGCAAAAAGAUGAGGAGUUGAGCAAGGAAGCUCAUGAUUCGUUUGGCGUAUCACGGGCUAUCAAUCACGUCCAAGGAAUUCUGCUGGACUGGAUGCGGGACAACUGCCGGGAUGUGAUUUCUUCCCUGAGAGGAGACGUCAUGCGCUACGAGCACAACGUAAAUGAGCUGCAGCAGAUGAUUGCUGCAAACAACCCUCGGGAGAUCAAGGACGGAUGGCGCAAUUACACGCUUGCGUAUGAAAACAUCAUCUCCUUUAUGCAGUACGGGCGCAUAGCCAGCAUGAAACUGCCUCAACCGUUGUUUCAGCUAGGCCCACGUGACAAGUGGGCAGAAACGCGGACUGUGGUGUCAACCUACAAGGAGGAGAUCGCCAAAGUCGCUGUUGCGAAACCACCUGGAUGGCUGGAAACGGAGGCCUUGGAUGAAGAGCUGAAGGGCAGCUACACAGGCCACCAGCUUUAUUUGCGGCUUGGCCCUCAUGCAGCUUUCAGCCGCUUGGUCCGGGUGCUGGGCUACAUGCUCUUCUCCAUGAAGCUGGAGCCGUUGACGGAGGAGGAGAUGAUGACCAAAUCUGGCCACUCUCGUGACGGAGCGACCCACAGCUUCAACAAGCACACGGUCAUUCAGCAGCUGGUCACGCAUGGGUUGUUGCAGAUGCAAGACGUGGUUGCGGUCACUCUGCAACAGGUCAAAGCAAUUUACCUCGCGGUCCUCGAGAAAGCACACAAGUCAUUGGAGCAGUUCUUCCCGCACAUUGCGCACCAUCGGCAAUUUCAGAAGAUGCUCGAUGAUAAGUACGAAGAGCUCCUGAUGCAGAAGCUUACAGCAGGGGCCAACGCAAUCCAUGAGCGCAUCGUCACAAAGACGAGGUAUUUUCCUGUGGAUCUGCCUAAUCGAAUUCUCGUGCUGUUCGGCCUUACCCCCAUGGUGCAGGACGUUCUCGUGACGAAUCCUGCGUCAGCAUAUUACAACGAGAACCAGUCAGACGCUGACGGCAAGAGCCGGCGCAUGCCUUCUCGCGAGCUCACAGGCGUGAGCAAGCAGAGGGAUGCGCUUCUGGCCAUGAAGGGUCGCCUGUACGAGCACCAGCAGAACAGCCCGUUCUCCUUGAUCGACUUCGUUGAGGGUGGACAGCAGGACUUACACCAGGACGAGUACCGAACAAUAAACGUCGACGACAUCAACUCCAUCGCACAUCAGUACUAUAUGCUGGUCAAGGGACUAUUGGUCCUAGAGAUAGAAGGCAUCCUUGACCAUGACAUCUUCCAUCCCUUAGAGAACAAGGAAGUUCUGCUGAGAUCCAUGAGAGAGGAGAUGCUCCAGGCAGUAUCAGAUCUGCAAGAUGACGAAGUCAACGAGAUGGUGGGCGCUGGGUUUCAGGAGAUGCUUCUAGAGCAGCAGGACACCAACGUGACUUUGGUGAAGCUGAAGGGUGUCCUUGCUGAGCUGGAGACGGUAGCUUCCACAGAACUUGGCUCGGAUGCGCCACCUCUUGAAUGGUUCUUGCUCUUGUCUGAAGCCCUCUCUGCUGAAGCGUUGGUGAAGGCAGCAACGGCCGCCAAGACUGAUCUUGUGAACUUGCUGCGCUUGCCAGCACACACGGUCAGCACCCGCUCUGAGCCUGACGUGGAGCAUAGCUUCAUCCGUGUCACAGUGCGGCCGGCAUCUACCUGGCAAGGCCGUGAGAAUUUGGACGCCCUCAUUGCCGAGGCUGAGGGCAAGGUCUCUUUAGGUGGAGUCGCGCAUGUUGCACGCGAUGGCGAGGCCAUCCUUUCAACUUCCAAGUCCAUGUGCCUCGCACUCCGCAGCAAUGUAUCGCAGCCGGUGAUGGUGGCCAACGCAACUCAUCCUGCUGAAGGCACGAUCCGGGGAGAGGGUCCGCAGGAAGAUAAGGCUGAGGCUGAGACCGAUGCCAAUUUCGAGGACGAAGGCGACAUGUAG